CGCCUCCGGCCUCCUCCCUCUCUCCACACACCGAGACGAUCCCCCCUACGGGCUCCAUUAGCAAACCCGGAGUACGCACAAACAACCCCGAACAAUCAUGAGUAACACGGACUUUCUGGGGCGGGCGAUUGACGCCGUGAAGAAGGCCAUCGAGCUCGACAAUUCGGGCGAGUACGAGAAGGCUUAUCAGGGCUACUACGCCGCACUGGAGCUAUUCAUGCUCGCCCUGAAAUGGGAGAAGAACCCCAAGUCCAAGGAGAUGAUUCGCGCGAAAACGGGCGAAUAUCUAGAUCGCGCAGAGAAGCUCAAGACCCACCUUGAAGCAACGGAGAGUCGGAAGAAGCCAAGUGCGGUAGGCGCCAACGGCAAGGUGGCGCAAGGCAGUGGGAAGGGCGACAAGAAUGAGGACGAUAACGAAGACGCUGAUUCGAAGAAGCUACGCAGCGCCCUUGCUGGUGCGAUCUUGUCGGAUAAGCCGAACGUGAAGUGGGAGGAUGUAGCAGGUCUCGAGAGCGCCAAGGAGGCAUUGAAGGAGGCGGUCAUAUUACCUAUUAAGUUUCCCCAUCUGUUUACGGGGAAACGACAGCCAUGGAAGGGCAUCUUGCUUUACGGGCCUCCCGGUACCGGAAAGUCGUACCUUGCCAAAGCCGUGGCCACGGAAGCAAACAGUACAUUCUUCAGUGUCAGUAGCAGUGAUCUAGUAUCGAAGUGGAUGGGUGAGAGUGAAAGGCUCGUGAAGCAGCUCUUCAAUAUGGCCCGAGAGAACAAGCCCGCUAUUAUCUUCAUCGAUGAGGUGGAUGCCCUCUGUGGCCCUCGUGGAGAGGGAGAAUCAGAGGCAUCUCGCCGUAUCAAGACGGAAUUGCUGGUUCAGAUGGAUGGUGUAGGAAAGGAUUCUAGGGGUGUUCUAAUUCUGGGCGCAACGAAUAUUCCAUGGCAAUUAGAUGCGGCUAUUCGUCGCAGAUUCCAGCGGAGAGUCCACAUCAGUCUUCCCGACAUCAAUGCACGAAUGAAAAUGUUCAUGCUAGCUGUCGGACAAACACCGUGUGAAAUGACACAAGCCGAUUACAGAACAUUGGCGGAGAUGAGCGAGGGUUACUCCGGCAGUGAUAUUAGCAUCGCUGUUCAGGAUGCACUUAUGCAACCGAUCCGUAAAAUUCAAACAGCCACGCAUUACAAGAAGGUUUUGGUUGAAGGGCAAGAGAAAUUAACACCAUGCUCUCCAGGAGACGCAGGUGCAAUGGAGAUGACAUGGACGAGUGUGGAAGCAGAUCAGUUGCUGGAGCCACCGCUCGUUCUGAAAGACUUUAUUAAAGCAGUUCGCAACUCGAGACCCACCGUCAGUCAAGAAGACCUCCAGAGGAACUCGGAGUGGACCAAGGAAUUUGGCAGCGAAGGCGCUUAG